CGGCAGAUACCAUCAGCAGACUGACUGCACGAGGUGUGAACACAUCGUGGGCGCUUUCGGUCACCAUGAAGGGCCGAUGGACGGUCCUCAAAGCCGGGCAACCGCCAAACUUCCUCUCCCUGUGCGAGCACGACCCGGGGGCUGAAUCCUUCGGAAGCUACGCGGAUGUGUGCGAUGAUCCGGACUUCGACCACGAUUUCUACUACAACUCAACAGUUUAUGGAUCACUGUUUCGCAGCCUAUCGAAUGGGCAGAUGUUCUCUUUCGACAACGAGUGGACGCUUCUAGAAAAGCUAUGCAGGCUGAAGGCGCAAUACUUGUCAGUUACCUUUGGCAUCGCUGCGUUCGACGUCGACUACGAUGACUUCCUCGGCAUUUGUUCGUCGACGAACUAUUUCGGGGAGUUCUCGAGGAUCUGCACCUUGAAAGACUUGGUGGACUUCUUCGAGGAGAAAUUCAACGACCCAUCGGCGAUGGACGACUGCCUGUCACUGGACUAGUACACCUAUAGUUGGACCAGCAUUGGUCCUCCAUCACCUCUUCGAUCAGAUAUCGAAAUGUCAA